AUCCGCCGGCAAUUCGACAUCGGUUGCGUCGCGGGAAGGCGUCCUUGUCGUUGAGUCGUCAAGCGUCGUCUGUCAAAAGUGUAGUACGAGUUGUCCGUUAAAACAAAAGUGGAUUUCGAUUUGUUGCCGUGAAAGUGUAAGAGUGAAUAUACGACGAAGAGGGAAAUGAAAAUGGUGCGAGUGCUGGAAAGAACGAGAAAGAAAAAAGUAUACACUGAAAUUGAGUGUCUCGAGAGCUGUUGCAAUUCGUUCUUCAAUUCGUAGACAAGCUCUGUCUUGUGGAUGCUUACGUUUCUACGUAUAUUCACGAGGGAAUUUUUUACUUUAUCACUCAAGGAUUUUCUGUGCUUUAUAUCUACGUACUGUGAUACAACAAUAGCUUUAUCGUACCAAAGAUCGGACAAAAGCCAAAGAAUGGGAUAAGAAUGUAAUUUAUUGUGCCAAAGAGUGGAGGAGUAAGGACUGGCAAUUAAAUAAUAUAUCUCCGAACAAGAGGGAUACUUUGCCGUUAAUCCUAUCAAGGGAUAACGCAACGAAGAGAAGACAAAAGAAUAGAUCCAAAUGAAAUUCCGAAAGUCAUCGGAGCGCUCGCCAAAGAUGGAACUCUUGUCGAGGAGGUCCUCGGGGAACCGGAUGUCGACGCUGAAGAGAUCUAGAUCCUUCCGUGCCUCGAUCCGACUGGUAUCCAAGAUAAGGAAUCACGCGAGUCACCGGCUCGCCACGAACUUCGAAGUGUCGCCGGUGUCGCUAGUGUCGCCAGUAUCCUUGAACCCGACGGGCGUGGAGGAGGAUAAAAGGAUUCGCAAGGAUUCGAAUAAAGAGUCCUACGUUGGCACUGAUGAUUGUAAUGAAAUUCAAGGGCAAAAUGAAGUGGAGCGCGAAAGAGGUCAUCAGAAUAAACAGGAUCAGAUCUUCAGUAAGGAGACAAAGCUAACCAAGGAUCUCAAGUGCAAGUUAUCCUUCACGGAUAGGAUAUUGGGGAAGCACAAAAAGCUACAAGAUCCUGAACAGGAUACGAGCAACGUCCUUAAGUCGCCAAAGAGUUCAGUGAAAUUCUUUAAACGUAAAAUUAAUACCAGCAAUACUUUAAUCGAGAGUUCAAAGGACGACGAUUAUUCGGCCAGGAUGUCCAAUCCUGCGGGAGAAUAUAAUUCCUACGAGAAUCCCACCUUCUUGCUGGAUAGGUCUGUGGACGCGGAGAUGACAUCUCACGUUAAUGGCGAAUCCGAAAUUCCUUGCUACUUCCUCGGCGAGGACUGUCUGUGCGAUAAGGACGAUAACGUGUCCUGUGAGAAAUCAGCAGAUAAGAGAAUUCUAUCGGUAGACGAUAAAGACAAUGUCCUGUACAGAGAGAAGGACUACGACUUCGAGGAAAUAGAUUGUCUGGACGCGAGGAACGGUCACAGGGAUAAUAAUAAUAUUAAAACGGAAGUCCACGCUGGAGAGGAUAAUUGUAAUGGCGAAUCGCAGGAGCGUGUCCUCCAGUGCGAAAAUAACUCGCAGGAUCACACGAGCGUGUCAAAGUCCUCGCGAAAUAGGACUGUCGACAAUUUUACCAAUUUUUGGAUCACCAGUCGCGGCGCCAGCUUUCGUAGCAAAAGGAAUGGUCGCAAGAAAACUACUAAGGAUUCAAAGGAUGCCGAAUCGACAUUCGACGAACCACGUGUCCUUGUGACAACCACUUCCGGGACAAAAUUACACUCGCGACAAGGGAUGGAGUUCCUGGAAGGUUUUGGCAAGAAAAAAGCCCAUCAGCUCGACCCUCUCACGUCCACGCACAUCGGUCCACUCACGGCACAACCCAGCCUCAACAUACAUCUGCAUGCCCUCUUCGCCGCAGUGGAGCACGGGCACCUUGAUAAGGCUAGGACAAUUUUGGAAUCGACGGAUGUGGAUGUAAACAGUGUAAAUAGCGACGGAUUGUCACCGCUGGACGUUGCUGUUUUGAGCAACAACAGACCACUGGCAAAGAUGCUGGUUGCUUUUGGAGCCCAGGAAGGUAACCAAUUCAAAUCCCCGGAAUCGUUGGGUAGUCACUUGGCGUCCUUACUCUCAGAAGCAGAGCACAGAGUCCAGGAACUCGGCGGUAACACUUCAGGGAGUGGUAGCAGUGCGACCCUCCUAGAGCCACCAAGUCACAGGGCAAGUUUCUCUACGCAGCACAACAAUUUGACUGGCUGCGGGGGCAGUGCCGAGGACAAACAGCUGGCCCUGUGGGAGAGGAGAGCGCGGGCUCUGAGGAAGAUGCUGUUAGGAUUCGAUCAAGCUAGACCACCCGAUAUGCCCUUCCUGGUGGCUGUGGACGUGACUGGUACCACCUCGGUAACGGUGCGCUUCCAGGAACCGGAUUCUCACGACUCACCGAUCUGCACAAAGUUUAAGAUUCAGUGGAGCCUGGAAGAAGGUUUUUCCACGAUAUGUGGAGAACGUGAGGUUCUGGAUAUGAAGCAGCACGAAUGCAGGGUGGAAGGACUUACCCAGGGUCAGAGAUAUCACUUCAGGGCUGCUGCUGGAAAUCUUAAGGGUUACAGUAGAUUCAGGAAUUCUAGUCCAGCGCACGUGACACCUAGCAGUUGGAGGGACAUCGAUGGUCGUUUACCAAGGUUUGCUGGAAGAUUGGAACAGCUGAACACCCUCUUCACGGACAUCAGAAGGCCAGAAUAUACUCAGGAAACGCCGGCUGUUCAGAGACGGAAUCAUCGCAAGAAAACUACCAUAAAGCAACUGUUCACUGCUACCAGCAAGUUCCAGAAGAACUUGAGACGCGGUGUAUUCCUUGCUUGUCUUCUUUAUCACGAGGAUAAGAUCCUGGUUACCAACGAGGACUUUCUGCCUGUGAUUGAAGUCGACGAGACUUAUCCCAGUUGUAUUUAUAAUGACUUUCAUUGGCUAAUGAAGGUCGCUUGUACUUGGGACGACGUGAAGUCCUUAAGACAAGACAUGGAGAAGAGUCAUAGCAGCUCCACGAAUCACUUCAGAAUAAAAUUACUACAGGCUGCUGCGCAAAUGCAGGCUGCUCUGUGCAUUCAGGACCUGGGGCAAGUGUAUCAUAAACCAAUCAGAGACAUUCAGGGCACCCUGGUGUUCUCUACUGUAAAUUACGUCAAGUCCCCAAAAUUGGUAUCGGUUCUGAACAGCCGUUGGCUUCCAUUGAGUAAGGUUACUAAAAAAAUCAUCACUCACGAAGACAGCAACGUGGCGGAUAUCUUAAUGGCUAGCAUCCAAGAACAGAUGACCUAUCACCAGGUCAGCAGUAUAAAAUUGUCAAGAGGUCUUUACCUGGGUUACCUCAAAAUGCAGAGCAGCGUGGACCUCAUCCAGGUCGUCGUACCCACCAAGUCACCGAAUGUCUUGCCUCACUGCAAAAUUCGCGAUAAUCCUCACGUGUCUGCGGACGAAUGGGACUAUCUAAGGAAGAUGACACGCAUCCAGGCUUCGGAUUCUUCCACGGAGGAUUCAGAGGAGAAAGAGAACGCAACCAAUGAAAUUCAAGGUACGGAACAACAGAAACUCUUCGUCGACCUGGUCUCAGCUACAGCGCGUCGUCUCUUUGGAUACAUGGAAAUCAGUUCUGAGGAUUCUCUCGUGCAUCGACUGUACGACGCGGAAGUAAUAGACCUCACACCUGACGUCAGCUUCCUGAUCGCUGUACCACCAGCGGAAACUGCUUGCUCGGUACCUGGCACUAGGGAAAUCUUAUUGCAACGUGGUGAUCUCCUAUCAUUGCCCAUUCAAGUCUUCGAAAUGGUCCAUCUAAAUACCUACCAGAAGGAUGUAAUAAACCGAUACUCCAGACUCAGCUGUAUAUUAGAACUUGAUACUGCUCAAGCGCAACAUAACCAUAGAGAAGCAUUCAGCUCUUCCGAACUCUCCAUCGCUAAAGACAAGCUGGCCAGGUUACAGGAUCUUCAGUCGCAAGUAAACGUAGUAUGGAAGGGAGCAAGAUGGUUGAUCGAUGUCAUCACCUUCGCCAGGGACAGAGGAUCCUCGCAGCAGAACGUAACAACACACGUGGCAGGCAUAUCCAUGAAGCAUUUGCUAAGUCUGGAUCGAAAUAAGAACAGCAACAGCCUAAAGCGUAGCCUGCUACAGCUCCCACCUAGAGAUCCAAAGCUAGUGAAAUCAAGUCCAGGUCGUGGCAGUUGGCCAGGACCAAACCUAACGAAUUCAUCCUCAAACCUAUUGACCACCGAGUUCAGCAAAAGCGAACAGCAGCUACCCAAUGGCGAAUACAUUCGCAAGGGUAGCAACACCUCAAACAUUUCAACCGGUUCCGAACCCGCCAAGUCCGUACCGCCGAGCACAACCAGUAACGGCAAUAGCCUGGUCCCGAUACCCAACACCAGGUUGCCGCCGUCGAAAUCCGAAGACACGUUGCUCCUAACAAAAUACAAGCACAGUCCCAGGAACCGUAGCGCCACCAUAACCUCCGUUUCAGCGAGCACCAGUCCGUUGCUCAGUAUAAAGCCUAUUAUCUACGGGGGAUCGUUGCUAAGCGUCUCCACGGCGAUGACGAACACCACCAGCAUGCUCAGCGUCAGUAACACCAACUCUGACAGUCUUCAUUCGCUGAGCAGCGACGAGUACUCCACGCCGAAUUCUAGUGUCUGCUUGAAGCCAGGUCACACCAAGGUCAAGCUGACUAAACCGACAGCCAGCGUGGCAGCCAUGGCGACUUCCGUGAUAGAGAGUCAGCUGGACGAAGAGAAGGACGAGGCUACUAUGAUGCCUGCACCUCUACCAGGCAUUCUUCAGGUUUACGCUGCCUAUGAGACUGGUCUGGCGUCUGGGACCAGCUUGAAGCUUCACGUGACACCUAGGACGACUGCCAGGGAGGUCGUUGACCUUGUCGUUAAACAGCUCAAUAUGGCGGUGGUCCUCAAGGGCCAGGAAGGCCCGAUUUACACGGCGGACGAGCUACCGAAUUUCUGUUUGGUCGCUGUUAUUGGCGCUAGGGAACGAUGCCUCAGGGAUGACUUCAAGCCGCUUCAACUUCAGAAUCCUUGGAAGAAGGGCAGGCUUUACAUCCGGCAGAAACAGGAUGUACUCGCUGCCCUUGAACAUAGCAGCAAGCAUACGGCGUACUUGUAGCAUCUUGAGGUCGACAAGGAAGGAGCCGACCUCGUCUAGAUCCUCCUUCUCUUCCGCUCUCUUCUCUUCUCCUCUGCACAAUUUAUCGUGAACGAUUAUUUUUUUCGUUUUUUAUUCCAAGUUUUUUGCAUUUUCAUUUUCUAUAAUUCAGUUCAUUUUAUGCGCAGCCUUCGUUCUGAGUGGAAUCGGUAUAAAUACGGAUUAUUUUACGGUUACUUCAUUAAGGCUUCUUUUGCGUAUCCUUUAUACAUACCUUAACACUAAACGUACCAUCGACCGGUCAUUUGACCGUUUUAAAGCCAAAAGUACAUUUAUUAAAAAUUGUCGGUAUGUUUAGUGUUAACAUUAUCAGCUAUAAGGGAAACAUAUCAGAGAUAUAAGAAAACUUUGUAAUACAAAAUGUACGUAUUUAGUUAAACUCUGCGAAACAAACUGACUUCACUCACGACGAAUGUGGCUUAUCCUUAUUAAUUGUUGUGGUAUCCGAAACUUGGAAAUUGUAGCUUUACGCGGUUGGCAAAAUAUCAAAAGUUUUCAUGUUUACGAAAAUUUAUACGUAAUGCAGGAACAAGAGUAGCGAGAGAAGUGUUAGAGGUUCAGGAUGAGGUCGUUAUCAGAUUUAAGAACCAAAAGAAAAAUAGCUAUAACACGUAAUGUAAAUGUGCGUUAAACGGUAAAUUCCGAAAUUCGGACGUCGCCAAACGUCGUUUCGAAGGCGUUGCCGAAAAUAUUUUUCGAAAGUUAGAUAAUUUGUAAAGGAUCGACGAGGAAUACUCAAGAUAUUUUAAAAUAUUAUAUUCGUAGGUAUUGAUCUCAGUGUACUAAUUAAAUGAGAGCGCGAUCAUUGAACGAGAGAAGUGCAUCUUAUUCUCGUUAUGGAGUAAAAGAAAAAUGGCGUAUAAAAUCAGACAGACAGUGAGAGAAAGAGAGAGAGAACAAAAGAUAAGCUAAAGCAGACAUAAUCUUUUUCGCAGUGUACAGUAAUGCCAGGCCCGAUAUUUUCUUUUGUUAAUUAAUUUUACUUUCAAUUCUCUCUCGAAGCACGGCUUCGUUCACGAGAGAAUAAGCAAAAGAUGUUAUGCAUUUUUGUAAAUAUAUGAAAGCAGUAGAAAAAUAUCUUUAAAACCUUGGUUUAGUCAGUUAGUAGGAAAUUGAGAGAAUUAUAAGACGGUCGUAAGUGCGAUAGAGGGCGCUUAAUAUAGACUGUUUUAGGAUAGAUUAAAAAAAACAUUGUAAUUUAUAGAAAACAAAAAUUUUCUUUUAAUAUUCGCUCUCUAAGCCAAGAGAUGCGAGCGUAAUGUAUUGAUAUUGUCUCUCGGUUGAUUACUACUGAUAAACAAAGUCCGUCAAUGUA